UCUAUUAAUCUUGUUCUCCUAAGAUACUGUAACAAAAAGGAAAAACAUUUCUCCUCUGAACUUCUUUGUAAAAGAUCCCGUAAGUCAAAGUUCAACUUAAUUUCUUUAAGGUUCAAUAUCAGUUAUAAUUGCAAUUUGCCACCGCGUGUUACAAUUAAAGUUUCUUACAUAACUAGUGUGUUUCCAGUCAUUUAUUAUAAUGACUGUUUUUCUGAGUUUGUAGCGGCUUAACCAUAGGAACUGAAUGCUGUUUCUUGUUGCUAACCGGUGAAAUAUCCCUGAUGCACUGAAAUGUUCACGUCAGGUUAGCAUCAUUAGCAUUAGCUGACCAGAGAGCGAGGCCACAUUAGUCCGAAACUAUUUGUAUGUUAACUCAUACAUGAAAGACAGUGCAUGCAUUUUGAAAGUGUUCAUUAAAAUAUACUUUCUAAACGUAUGUCCAUUGGUGGUAUUCUCGGUUUGUUAUCAUAUUGUGUGUUUAGUUAACGGUAGAUUGAAGCGGGACGUUGGUUAACGUUAGCUAACGUUAAAAACAAGCUGGAACGUCAACAGGAAUUCCUGUAUAUCGGCAGUGCACCUGUUGUCGGCAUGCACUGAUUAUUUGCAAAAUGUGCAUGUUGUAACUACUCUAAAAACAAACAAAAAACUAACUAGCUGCAGUGCCAGCAACUGGAUCUUGUCAGGCCCACGGGAUGGCAGCUGCAGCCGGACCAAGUACCUCCAAAAACGACCUCAUAGAUAUUUACAGUGACCUGAAUCCAAACGACGAGGAUUUGGCCAGAAUUGCUGAAGCAAAUGAGCUCUUUGAUGCUGUUUUGACUGGCUCAGUUGAUCAGGACAAGAAAGUCUCAACAGAUGUGUCUCCCCCGAAAGAGGCACCAUCUGAAGAGGAUGCCAGAUCAACAACAGUGCAAAGCCAAAAAGGAGGAAACUCCUUCAGGAAACUGUCCUUAUAUAUUGGAAAUUUCCCCUGGUGGACAUCUGAUAAGGACAUCACAUGCAUGGCUCAAAGGCUGGGUGUGAAGGACAUCAAAGACAUUAAAUUUGCAGAAAACAAAGUUAAUGGCCAGUCAAGAGGCUACGCUGAAGUAGUGGUCACCUCAGAGGAGUCAUUAAAACUAUUGCUGGAAAAAAUCCCCCAGUGUGAGCUCAAUGGAGAAAGGAUAGACUGCCGCUUUGCCACACGACAGAAUCUCUCUGUGUUUGAAGACAUGGCAAAUAAACGUAUACCCCUGCGUGUUAGUUCCAAAGAUCCCAAGGAGUCAGAUUCAUCGGAUAAGAUUCCCUCAUUAUUAUCACAGGAGCCCAGCCCUCCCCCUAUACCUCCACUCUUCCCGUCACAUCCACUUGCAAACAGGUUUCCCUCAAUACCCAGCCCUUUCUUUAGUCACCCACCUCCUCCUUUUCCACAAAUGCCGCCAAACUUCCCCCCGCCCAUGCCGCCGCAUUUGUUCCCGCCUCAUCCAGUCCAUGUUCCCAGCCAACCAGCUCCCAGCCUGCAUAUAAAUCCAGCGUUCUUCACCCCGGCUCAUGAUGCGCACAGCAGCAAAGCAUACAGCCAGCAAAAACACACACCUCAACGGACAGAUGCAGAUUUUGAGGAACUAUUGAACAGAAAUAAAGCUGUUGCCAGCAGUGCCAUCAGCAAAGCUGUGUCUGGAGCAACAGCUGGAGACCUGAGGGUGGCCAUGGAGACUCUAUUAACAGCUAUUGCCAUCAUUAAGCAGUCCAGAGUGUAUGGAGAUGAACGCUGCAAAGCCCUGGUCACCUCACUCAAAGACUGUCUAGUCUCCAUCCAGGGCAACUACGGCUACAGGAGUAGCAGUCAUUCUGGGGACGAAGACAGAGACCGGGGCCGUAGUCGUAACAGAGAGCGGGAGCGGGACAGGGAGCGUGAACGUGAACGGGAAGACUCUUACAGUUGGGAAAGUGCGGGAAUGUCUCGAAGACACAGAGAACAUUCCCGGAGCAGGGACAGGGACAAGGAGCGCUCACGGGAACGGGAACGGGAAAGACAGAGGGAUCACAGAGAUCACAGAGACAGAUACCGCUAACCUGUGUCGGAGCGUUUAAAUGUGAAGCCAAGAAAGGACGGGAUUUUUUGUUUCUGCAACAAGUUGUAUAAAACCCUGGAGGAAUCGAAGGUGAGACUGAAGAUGUAUCUCAAAUAGUUUAAAUGGUACUUUUUUUUUUUUUUUGGCCCCCAGUUGUCUGUACAUAAUUGGACUUUUACCUGUUUUAAGAAAAAAUGUGGUUGUAAAUUUGUUGCUGGGACAUGAGAUUCCAAUGCUUGCAUGUGUAGGAACUAAUAACUUAUGAAGAACUGUAACGUUUUCAUCACUUUCUUUUGUAUUAAAGCUACAGAUUAAAAACACA